AUGAAUGAUUUGGUUUUUGUAAUGUACAAUUUGAAGUUGAAAGAGAAAAAAGCUAAACCUUAUGAUGAGCCAACAUCUUUUGAAGAAUUACCAUAUGAUGAUGAAUGGAUAGCUGAAGAAGAUCAUCUUGAUUCACCAUUGGCAACAAAUAAUGACUGUUUGGAUGUUUUUGGAAGCGGACCAACAAGUGGUAAUGUAUUUGGUGGUGAUGAUAUAGAUAGUGCAUUUGGUGGUGAUGAUAUAGGUAGUGCAUUUGAUGGUGAUGAUGAGUAUGGUGGUGAUGAAAAUGUGAAUGAUGAUACGGAGGAUGGUAGUCUUGAAAGAAGUGCUAACGACUAUUUCUUGUCUUUUAGUUUAUCUUUAUUUAGUAUUUUUCUUCACUUAUGA